UUAUCAUUUAUUUGCUUUUUUUUUGUUUUUUGCAUAAUGAAAAAUAACUCAAAGGAAGAUGAACUAGAAGGUUGGACUAAGGAAGAGAAGUUCGAGUUAUUAGAAGCUCUAAGAGAAGUUGGAACCAAUGACGUUGAAAAAAUUAAAGAAUUAAUUUCUAACAAAACUGAAGUUGAAAUACGAUCUGCGCUAGACUUUUAUAUAAACAAAGCAUUGGCAACUCCUACAAUACGUAGAAAAGAACGGAAAGUGUUUCCGCCAGUGGUGCCGUUGGCAGGUUGGGCUAAAUACAUUAUUGAUACUCAUGGAUUAAAGGAAUAUCAGACCGAAACAUACAUUGCGUUACGCUUAAUAGCCGAGUUUGAAGAUAAACCACCUUCUGUGAUGACUGAGAAAAUAGAUUUCAGAAAAUUAUAUCAAAUACUUGCUGAGGCAUUAGAAGGCAAACCAUUAUCGAAAGAUAAGUAUAUUAGCUCAGUUAUAUACAAAUGUAUUGUUGAAACAGCUCUCACUAGUAAGGCAUUUAAUAAAGGUUCUACAUGUUUUAAAAGUAUUCUACAGGCAUCAUGCAAUCCAGUUGAGGAAGAUGUCAAUGAAUUCUCACAACCAACUGAUAAUGUUGAAUUUGCCACUCUGCGAAAUGUGUCGUCAAGAAAGAACUACAAUCCAUUAAACAUCCCUGUAAAUAAUUUAAGAUAUUCAACACGGGUUUAGUUCAAUACCUAUUGAUAAUGGAAUUAAUGUGAUAUUAGGUUAUUCUGCCACUAGUAUGUUGAAUCGAAAACCUGCAUCAAUCAUUAUUACAAUUAUAAUUUGCAUAGGUUGAGGAUGGCAACAAUGAACUAAGUGGACACAGUGAAUCACUUUAGCUGUGCUAUGCAUUGGUGUUACACUGCAAUUUCACACGAUAAGAAGCUACCUGCACACUAAAUCAUCACCCUAGUCGCCAGCAAGCUGCCAAUCUAAUUGCACAUGCAGGGGCAUUUUUUGUGUUUUGAAGUAAAAACGAGACUAUCUUUUUUCUUUGCUGUUUUUGUGCUAAAAGUGAUAAUUUAUUGGUUUAUCGUUUUGAAUGAUUCAUUACACUUCUUUUAGCAUAUGAAUUAAAACUUCUAGGUGUUUCUGCACAUUUCUACAUAACCUGUUGUAAAAAUAUGCAGGGGUGAUGCACAGUGAAUCAAUGUCUAAAAAUGCAGUGAACCUAUAGCCUAUUUAUAAUAAAAAUGCUAAAAAUAGAUGGAAGUUAAAACUAAAAAGAAUAGGUAAUUAGCGAUUAAACAUUGGCGAUCUUUCAAUAAGAGAAUGUUUAAUUAUUUUUUUGCAAAAUUUGAAGAAGCUAUACUUACUUACUUACUUAUACAUAUAUACACACAUUGUUCAAAAUACCAUAAAUAAUAAUACAAAUAACUUUUAUUGUACCUAUAAGUUUAGAUAUCUUGAGAGAAGUUCACUUCAACUUCGGUUCACUAAGUAUCACCCCCACAGUUCAUUGUGUACCAUAGGGUGUGAACCAUUUUACUAUUUUGGAAUAAGAAAUCCUAAAAAAAACUGAUAUAAAAUAUGUAAAAACCUAGUAUGUGGGUUUAAACUUCUUGCAUUAUACAUCACUAUAGAAGUGGAAUAAUAACUGCUCUAAACUUUUUGUGGUUCAAAGCUGCCACUCCUACCCUAAACCUAGCUUGAAAUGCAUUCUUAUUAAAGCAGUUGUCAGUUCUACAAAAUACUAUAGAUACUUAAGUUUUGAAAACAGGAAUACAUAUGAGUCCCUAACAACUUAGAUGUUUCUAACACAUUGUGCUAAGUGACUGUUGAACUAAAGCUACUCUCUCUGUAUUUGUUUAUUAAUAUUAUUGGUAUAACUGAUGUCAAAGUUUAGUAAUUAUCUGUUGGAUUGUGUAAGACAUGAAACCUUGUCAAUGUUUUAUUGUUUUCAUAUUAGGAGAUUCUUACAAUAUUUAACCAUUAGUAUAAAAUACAUCAUAAAAUUGUGGUAUAACUAUGAAUAAAAUGUUUUCUUAACAAUCUGUACAUACUUAAGAAGAGUUCAACCAUUCAAUAAAUCGAUUGAACAAUCUUA